AUGGAACUGUCUCUGGCCUUAGGCCGCCCGGGAACCGACGGCAGCGCGGCGGCCGGCCGGGGAUCGUACAACGGCAGAGUGGCCGGCGAUGAGGCGCGGCCGCUGUUCCCGUGCCUCUUCUGCGACAGGAAGUUCCUCAAGCCGCAGGCCCUCGGUGGCCACCAGAACGCGCACAGGGAGGAGCGCGCGGCCGGCUGGAACCCCUACGUCUACGGCCGCCACCCCGCUGCCAGUGCCGCCUCGUCUCGCGCCGCCGCCACCGACAACUUCAACCCUAUCGCCCCUCCGCCCCUCCAUGUCGUUCCUGAGGCUGUCACGCUGGCUCCGUCGGUCCACGGCGUGCGAGCGGCAGCCGGGACGUUCUCCGGCGUCCACGGCGAUGUGGGCGACAUGCUAAGCUGGGGAAGGUCAUCCGCCACUGAGAUUGCGCCGGAGAGCAACACCGGCGUGGGAAUCGACCUGGAGCUGCGACUCUAG